AUGAGCCGACCUGGUCCGUCCACCUCCACCCAACCAGCAACAAACAUCCACCUCCAUCCAACCAGCAACAAACAUCCACCUCCAUCCAACCAGCAUCAAACAUCCACCUCCACCCAACCAGCAACAAACAUCCACCUCCAUCCAACCAGCAACAAACAUCCACCUCCACCCAACCAGCAACAAACAUCCACCUCCACCCAACCAGCAACAAACAUCCACCUCCACCCAACCAGCAACAAACAUCCACCUCCAUCCAACCGGCAACAAACAUCCACCUCCAUCCAACCGGCAACAAACAUCCACCUCCAUCCAACCGGCAACAAACAUCCAGCUCCACCCAACCAGCAACAAACAUCCACCUCCAUCCAACCAGCAACAAACAUCCACCUCCAUCCAACCAGCAACAAACAUCCACCUCCACCCAACCAGCAUCAAACAUCCACCUCCAUCCAACCGGCAACAAACAUCCACCUCCAUCCAACCGGCAACAAACAUCCACCUCCAUCCAACCGGCAACAAACAUCCACCUCCAUCCAACCGGCAACAAACAUCCAGCUCCACCCAACCAGCAACAAACAUCCACCUCCAUCCAACCAGCAACAAACAUCCACCUCCAUCCAACCAGCAUCAAACAUCCACCUCCACCCAACCAGCAACAAACAUCCACCUCCAUCCAACCAGCAACAAACAUCCACCUCCAUCCAACCAGCAACAAACAUCCACCUCCAUCCAACCAGCAACAAACAUCCACCUCCAUCCAACCAGCAACAAACAUCCACCUCCAUCCAACCAGUAACAAACAUCCACCUCCAUCCAACCGGCAACAAACAUCCACCUCCAUCCAACCAGCAACAAACAUCCACCUCCAUCCAACCAGCAACAAACAUCCACCUCCAUCCAACCAGUAACAAACAUCCAGCUCCACCCAACCAGCAACAAACAUCCACCUCCAUCCAACCAGCAACAAACAUCCACCUCCAUCCAACCAGCAACAAACAUCCACCUCCAUCCAACCAGCAACAAACAUCCACCUCCAUCCAACCAGCAACAAACAUCCAACCAGCAACAAACAUCCAACCAGCAGCAAACAUCCACCUCCAUCCAACCAGCAACAAACAUCCACCUCCAUCCAACCAGCAACAAACAUCCACCUCCAUCCAACCAGCAACAAACAUCCACCUCCAUCCAACCGGCAACAAACAUCCGGCUCCAUCCAACCAGCGACAAACAUCCACCUCCAUCCAACCGGCAACAAACAUCCACCUCCAUCCAACCAGCGACAAACAUCCACCUCCAUCCAACCGGCAACAAACAUCCACCUCCAUCCAACCGGCAACAAACAUCCAGCUCCAUCCAACCGGCAACAAACAUCCACCUCCAUCCAACCAGCAACAAACAUCCACCUCCAUCCAACCAGCAACAAACAUCCACCUCCAUCCAACCAGCAACAAACAUCCACCUCCAUCCAACCGGUAA